AUGGCAUAUGCUUCACUACAGAACUUCGUGUCAAUAUCUGCCUUAAGCCCAAAUAUCACACGUCCGAGUGUGGUUGGGAUUAUCAUUGGAAAGACUGAUGCAAGAGGAUUUCCAGACAGGAAAAAUGUUGGAUCUGAAAGAUUCACUUUCAGCUUCACCAUUAAGGACUCACCAGACCAUUUCAUCAAUGUUUCUUCAUGGGGGAAGGAGGAAUAUAUUCAAGGGCUUUGUAGCCACUUCAGAAUUGGAGAUUGUGUUAUCAUUGAAAAUCCUCUUGUUGCUGCCAAAGAUCCUGAGAAAGAAGACAGGUUCUGUCCCUCAACCCCAAGUUUCUACAGACUGCUGGUGACAGAAGUUCACUCAACCAUAAGGAUGUGUUCAGAUUUAGACACAGAGACCAGGCUUCUUCCUCUGUUUCACAUACCAGUAAAGGACUCUAGGGAUUUCUACACACUUGGAGAUAUUACUGCAAAUGGACAAAGCCUAGAUGGAAAUUUCAUUAACAUUUUAGCUGCUGUACGAUCGGUCAGUGAACCAAAGUACUUUACUACUUCAGAUGGACGGAAAGGACAGAGGCUAGAGAUCAGGCUCUUUGAUGAAACUUUGACAUCCUUCCCAUUAAUAUGCUGGGAUCGGGAGACAAUUCAGCUUGUGCAGCCUCUGACACCACGAGAGACCGUGGUCUUCAUAGUGGAUGCUCGCAUCAGCUUUGACACUUUUCGUAACAGUAUGGUGGCAACAGUGACCUCGAAAACAAUCAUUACCAUCAACCCUGAUACAUCAGAAGCCAAUCAGCUAUUCGGUUAUGUAAGGGAAUUAUCAGAAAAUGGACAGCUAGAUGAGCAAGAGACAGAACUGAGUGAAAAUGAAUGUUUGGAAUCUAUUGGUGAUGUGCUGACAGUGAGUCAAGCUAAAGCCAUAGCCCAAGAAAGUUGUGAUGGCUUCUAUGGUGUUACAUAUGGGUUCAUCACCACUCUAGGAUUGGAUUCCUCCAUAUCCAAAGUAAUUCGGAGCAGAUGUGCCAGAUGCAAAUUUCAAGUCAGUGAAGAAGUUGGGACGUGCACCAACACAGGCUGUCCAAAUCAAGGACAGUCACUUGAAGUGACAGCAGCCUUCCAUCUGCUGGUGGAUAUCAGCGAUCACACGGGAACUCUGCAGACAUGCAGCCUGUCAGGAUCAGCAGCUGAAAAAACACUGGGAUGUACUUCUGAGGAAUUCAUUGGUCUCUCAGAACGAGAAAGGACGGCCAUGAAGUGGAGGUUUCUUCUAGAACGAUGCAAAAUUUAUCUGAAGGUGUUUCCAUCCUCCAAAAGAAAAAAUGGGAUGAGAGUGAGUGUCCUGUCCUGCACACAUGCUGAUCCAGUGGAAGUGAAUCAAAGCAUGUCUGCCUUGACAUGAGUCUGCCAAAGCAUGUCUGCCUUGACAUGAGUGUGCUAAAUCAACAAAUCCAUCUGACAUUGUGCACAAGAAUUUAAAUGAAAUAGUGUUAUGUUGUUGGUGUUGCACAUUAAAUGAAAAUGUAUUAAUGUUAGAAUGUUAGAAAUGUAUUAAUGUUAGAAGUCAGGCAGAAUGCAUUGUCAUAUGAAAGACGCAUGUAUAUAUGUGUGUGUUAUGCAUUAAAUAUUUGUG